GAUUAUGAUCGUGCAAGUUCUCUGGCUGGCACAGGAUUUUCUCCCGGGAAAUUAGCGAAAUGCAGUAAAUCAGUGCAAGCGAUAUCCCGAAAAAUAUGUAGGCAACCCGAAAAAAACCUUGCCACAAACUCCUGUACGCAUGUCAAUCGGAGCGUAUGGGAAGUUCGGCAUUUUUUUGCGGAUCAAAUUGAACACGAAUCAGCUAUCCAACGUAAGCUGUUAGUGCUAGGAGAUGGUGCUUGCGGAAAGACUUCUCUCCUAAGCGUAUUCACUAAGGGUUACUUCCCACAGGUCUACGAGCCAACGGUGUUUGAAAAUUAUGUACAUGAUAUAUGGAUUGAUAACCAACAAAUAGAACUAUCACUCUGGGAUACCGCAGGUCAGGAAGAAUUUGAUCGCCUGCGUACACUAUCUUAUCCGGAUACACAUGUCAUAAUGCUUUGCUUCGCGGUGGAUAAUCGAGACUCUCUAGAUAACAUAGGGUCAAAAUGGACGAACGAAUUACUUGAAUAUUGUCCGGGCGUAAAGAUUGUUGUGGUCGCCCUUAAAUGUGAUCUGAGGGAAGAUAUCAUAGCAGUGAGAAACAUGCAAAGACAGGGGGAAAGACCUGUAACUUAUGAGGAGGGUCUCGCGGUUGCUCGAAGCAUUCGGGCAUCCAGAUAUUUGGAAUGUUCGGCAAAACAUAAUCGAGGUGUUCGAGAAGCAUUCGAACAAGCCGCGCGUGUAAGCAUUCAUGCAAAAGCGAAUGGUUCCACGAUUGACCAAAUCAGCGGCUGCGUCAUAUUGUGA